AUGCCGGGUGGAAGAUUAUUUGCAGCUGCUCUGCUGCCUCUUCUUGCCCUGCAGGGCUGCGACACCUCAUCGAAGCCCUCAUCUACCACCACUUCGACGACGACAACGACGACAACGACGACAGCUGCCACCAAGGGCCGCAAUGCCAGCUCUGUGAUCACCGUGCCCGGCUGGCCGGACAUCUCGGGAAAGUUCCCACUGUCCUAUGCCGUCAAGGUUCUCCGGCUGCGAGCUGAAGUUCUUGACCUUAAGGAUCAGCUGCGCCGGCUCACUGAGCGUGUUGCUGCUCUCGAAGCCUCGGAAGGCUUUGAGGUAGACCCGCAGCGUGUGAGUGUGGCAAAAGAGAUCGGGGAAUUUCUCCGCCGCGCCUACUCAGGAGGCCAUCGCGGAUCAUCGGGUGGGGAUAAGGUUGCACUAGCCUCCCGCCUGUACAUCGUCCUGGCCCCUUACAGUGGUGAGAAGUACUCAUCCCCGAAGAUCUUCAGCUCCUUCGGCGCUGUCAAGAGUUUGUGCAAGCGAGGCCCAGAUCCGGGCCGUAGCAUCUUUGUUGGAGUCCCAUCUCAGUGGGAGGCUGCCAUCGUUCUCCGCACAGCCGGCUUUGAACGGGACUCUGGGGAGGAAGCCGACUCUCGGCUCCCCGAUCUGCGUGCCUUGGUCUUAUCUCGAUCGCCCCGAGCUGCUCUCAGCUACAAGGUUGCUGCUUUUCAUUGUCAGGGUGAGUCAGGGCUUCUCUCAUGCAGUCUGAUCCUUAUAGCCGAAGUCGACGGCCAACUGCCUGUUGCGGUGCCUCACCAUGCUUGGCACCGGGUCACCAAGCGCUGUUACUUGCCUCGGGCAGCCCUGCUGAAGCCAUGUCACGCCGAGGUGCUGGCCGCCGAUCCCGCAGAUCGCGGUUGUUCGCAUGGCCAUUUCAAGGUCAGAGUCUGGAUGGGCUUGCUCAAUCCCGACUACGAGGAGUUUGUAGUGGCGAAGGACGAGGACGAGUCCGGGGAACGAGCCUUUACUGUUUCAGGGUCCGAACAGCCGAUCCUGCCUUUCGGCCCUUCCCUUGCUUCUAUCGCCCGAGACCACUUCGGCUUCGUGUCAGCUGCAGAAGAGCAGAGCGAGGAUAUCGCCUCGCGGGUUCGUGGUUUGGAGAAUGCGAUUCAGGGUCUGCAAGGCGGUUUGGAUGCUCUUCUAAAGGAAGUUUCGAAUCGCAAUGCCGCGGAUCCGCCUCCGCCGCAAGCCCCGGAGCCUCAGGCCAAGCUGGCAGCCAAGCCGAAGUCUCUUCCGGUUGGGCCUGCAGCGUCUGGGCUAGAUCCUGCCGUGCUCGCAGCCGCGAGGGGGGCCGGAGUGCCCGAGGACCAGCUGCGUCUCAUGCAGCAGCUCGCAGCCAAGCCUGUAAAGCUAGGCGACGGUGCAAGGAAGGUCAAGACGGUUCUCUCGGAGUCGGAGGAGGAAGAGGACGCCGCCGACGCCGGGGGGCAGCCGGAGGCGGCGUCGGUUGCCGAGUCUAUCCACAAGAUGACUCAGAUCCUCAGCCGCCUCUCGAAGCCUCGAGCCGGCGGGGCGGGAGUCUGGAGGAUCUUCUGGAUCGCGGCGAGGAGGCUGCUCAAGGAGGAUCCUGCAAAGAUAUCAUCCUCGAUCCUUCGCCUCAUGACGGAAGACUUUCAGGGUCAUACUGCUGCACCGGGGCUCGAGGAUCUGCCUAUGACUUCCCGCGCCUGGUUGGAACACAGGAGCAGGGUCCAGCAGUUUGCGGGCCCAGUCCGCUGGGGCUGGCAAACGGCGGGGGCCCUCGACGCGCUUCUCGCAGGACGCGAAGAAGAGUGCAAAGCUCGCCUGUGUUUAAUGUUGGCCGCUCUAGACCAGAGUUCCCUAGACUCGGGGAGCUGGCUCCUCGCAGCCGAGAUGUUGCUCGAGCCGAGUCCUCCUCUCUCGAGCUUCAGUCGCCAUCGACCUCCCGAUCCAGGCGAAAGCCACCAGACCAAGGUGAUGGAUCCUCGUUGGAUCAGCGUCCUGAUGCACCGCAUCAAAGAAAGGGAAUCCUUCAUCGAAGCCCGCAAGAAGCUUUCUGCCCCUCGCGGGCAGCCAUCGACCUCGAGCGAUCCCGACAAGGAAAAGCCCGAGAAGCCCGGGAAGGGCCGUGCGCGGGGCGAGGCUAGCCCCGUGCGUGCCGACAGUCUUUGGACUCAGUUUUUCUCCGUGCUUGGGAGACGCCAACCCGACAUCUGUCGCAAGCUCGCGCUCAAUGCCACCGUGCUUGUGCUUUCCUGGUUGUACUGCGGCCAGCCUUCUUGCGUGGGAAACGCUGCUCCCCUUGGCCUGGGCACUCCUCUUUCGCUUGAGCAGUGGGCUGUGGUUCGCACCCUGGGUCGCGGCAUCACGGCCUGGAACUCCCAGCCUGUCGUCGGCCCUGAAGAGAUGGGCCGAAGUGCUGCUAAAGUUGAAAGCUGCGAGCGGAUGCUAGAGGAGCUCUCGCGCUGGGGUUCAGAGGUUUGUGGGAAGCUCAGUCUUGAGGCUGCGAGUCUCGCCCAACCUGUUGAUGCCAGCGGGCUUCAUUUCGUGGGCACUCCUUCGUUUGACCCUGCGCCGUACCUGGACAGCUCCAGUCGGGCCGUCUACGAGCGGCUCAUGGAGGUCCUGGACGCUUGUGAUCGACUGUCCCUGCUUCCUUCCUCGCGGGUGCGUGCCCGUCUGGUCAACGGGUUGUUCACUGUGCCGAAGAGCCUCACUAGGGAUCGCAUGGUUUUGGAUGCCAGAGCGGCUAAUCAGGCGGAGGAGCCCCAUCAGCCCUGGAUCAGAUCCCUUGCCUCCCUGGAGCAGCUUCAGUGGCUUCACCUAGAGCCCAGCCAGCGCCUCACUGCAUCGACUGAGGACCUUCGGGAAUUCUAUCAUGCCUUCAUCGUCGGGGCUCAGAGGUCUUGUCGCAAUGCGCUUGCGGUCUGCUUCUCACCUAGAGAACUUACUCACUUGAAGUGCUUCACCGCUGAUCUGCACGAGCAUCACUCAUUGCACCCUUGCCUCAAAACUUUGGCUAUGGGGGACUGCUCAGCAGUCGGCUUCGGGCAGGCUUCGCAUCUGAGUGUUCUUUUGAGAUCGCAGGCCCUGUCUUUGGAGCAAUUUGUGACGCUCUCGGGCCGCCCUCCGCGUGAUGGUCUGAUCGCAGGUCUCUUGAUCGACGACCUUGCGGUUCUCGAGAAGGUCGAAGCCUCCGCUCCGGUCUCCUCGCACCGGGCUCCUGAUGUGAUGACGGCCGUGCAUCGGGCCUAUGAUCAGGCGUGCCUCCCCCGACAUCCUGAUAAGUCAGUGUCUCAAGCCCUCAGGGCGGAAUUCUGGGGUGGACUCCUUGAUGGUAUUGAGGGGACCAUUCGUCCUAAUCCGAAGCGCACGGUUCCUCUUGGAGCCCUCCUCUUGAAGACCGUUGAUUGCCGCGUGGCCACGCCAGAUCUUAUCGAGAUCCUUGCCGGGUCACUUGUGUCGGUCUUUCAGACCCGCCGACGCUUGAUGUCUCUGCUGGACAAGGUUUAUUCGGAGCCUCGGGGCCUCCCGCCGCGCGCUGUCUUUCGCAUGUGUCCCGAGCUCAGGGACGAGCUGCUCUGUGCCAUGGUCCUCCUUCCUCAGGCAUGCAUGGACUUUCGGACUCCUGGAGCCCCCGUCUUGAUUGCUAGCGACGCCUCCUCUAAUUUGGAGGCCGCCGUGUCAACGCCGUUGCACCCUUCGGUGUCCGUCGAGUGCUGCCGCCACGGCCUUCAGAAAGGCAUGUGGAGCCGAUUGCUCAAGCCCCUUGAUGCGCUGCUGCGUGAGCGCGGAGAGCUCCCCGACGAGGACCAACUGCCGGGCGGAGCUUAUACGAGCCACCCCCUCUGGGAGACCGCCUGCCGAGAGUUCCUCCCAGGUUCUUUCGGGCCCAUGGAUGUGCACCUGUCAAAGUUGGGGGUCCACUUGGACCAACUGAGGGAGCUUCCACCGGUGAGUGAUCUCUUUCCAGACGUGUCGCCCAACGUGCUGAAGUCCGACCUCGUCCAGCUGCUUCGCCUGCUGCCGGGCCACCGAGCGCCCAGGGGCAAGCCGAGCUCGGGGACCAAAUGCUUCAUCACUGGGAUGUUUGUGCACGGACUUUUCCGGAACAUGAAGGCUGAUGCUCACGUCGAUGCCAACAACUCCAGCCUCGAGCCUAACCUCAUCUUCGGUUUGACUAGGGUUCGGGGUGGUGGAUUGUGGGUGUGUUGCGAGGGCGGCCCUGACGUGCGCCGUGUCAAUGGCCGCGAAGUCGAAGGUAAGGUUGUCGAUCUGAGUCACGAGCCGGUCCUCUUCGACCCUCACCGCCUUCACGCGACCGAAGACUGGCAAGGCUCUAGGUAUGUUCUUGUUGCUUACAGCAUCAACGGGCUUGACCGGGCCUCCCGAGAGACCCAGGCUAGCGCUGUGCAGCUCGGGUCCGAGUCAGACUGCAACGACUUUGGGGAGAGCCCGCGUCGCGGGCGGCCUCUGAGCGCCGAGGCCCUUGGAGCCCUCGCCUCCUUCUCUCCCGGGCAGUUCGUCUUCUCUCCUGUCUUCCCUUCCCUCCAGUCCGCUCUGUCGUCCGGUCCUGGUUGGGUUGACUUGUUUUCAGGGUCUAGAAGCCUUGCGAAGGCCCUCGUCGAUGCCGCGCCAUGGUGGGUUCUUUGCUUCGACUGCAGGCAUGACGCUGAGGAAAACCUUCUGGACUCGGAGCUGCAAGCCAAUCUGGUGCGCCUCCUAGCCUCCGGAGCUGUGCUGGGCUUUUCAGCCGAUCCUCCCGCGGGAAGCUUCUCGACUGCUAACUCCAGAGCCUGGCGGACCGCCGCGGAGCCGUGCGGUCGCGCAGACCUUCCUGUUGAACAUAGGCUCCGCGCGAGCAGGGACAAUCUGCUUUGUGAGUUCUGUGUUCUUUUGGCUGACGUCGCCACCGCGCGGGGCCUUGAGUUCGUGAUCUCCAACCCUGUGAAGUCGUGGUUCUGGAAGCAGCCCUGCUGGGCCAGCCUGGCGAGGCGGUAUGAGGACUUCUUCGCCGACGCAUGCCGCUUUGGAGCUCUGGCGAAAGUCUACAAGAUUCAGGUGCAGUGGCCAACUUGGAGGGCAGAGCAUUCGAUGCGCUUGUGCCCGACCUCACGUGCAACUUCGCGGCUGGCUCGCCUCGUCGGCUCUGCGAUUGCUCAAGACGUGGGGUUCUUCGACCGACACAGGCGCCUGGACAUCUCCCGCUGUGCCAAGGCCGGAGCUGGGCGGAUUGGUGAGGCUUCUCAUCCGGGGCCUGCUCGCUCUCAGCCUCGGACCCCUGCCUGCCUGAGUGAAGUGGAGCUGGUCGAGCCUCGCACUGCUGCGGUUCGCGACAAGCACUGGGCCGCCUUCAUUGCGUACCUUCAGUCCGAGCUGGGGCGUGACGGAGUCGCUUCGACCCUCGAAGUUCCUGGACUUUUGGUUAGCAUGUUGUGCCUCUACGCUCAGAUCCUUUACGAUGCUGGCACCCCGCUGUGCUACUACAGGCAGCUGCUGGCUCACGCCCAAGUUGUCGUGCCUCAGGCCCGACCGAUCAUGCGACCGGCUUGGGACUAUGUCACACGGUGGGAACGAUUGGAGCCCUUGCAGCAUCGCCCUCCGAUUCCGGAAGUGCUGACUCGAGCUCUCGCUUCUGUCAGCAUCUCCUGGGGCUGGAGGCGGUUCGCCGCUAUCACGUUACUCUGCUUCUAUGCGAUUGCCAGGAUCGGGGAGGUGCUAGCUGCAAGCCGGCGGGACCUACUGACGCCCGAGGAUGCUUUGGAUCCUUCUGGGAAGCUUUAUCUUCUCAUUAGGUCUCCGAAGACCCGUCAUCGUGGAGCCCGGAUUCAGCAUGCCACUGUCGAAGCCCCUCAGGAUGUUCUGAGCUUCAUUAUUGCUGUCUUUCAGGACUUGGACCCCGAACUCAAGCUUUUCGGCGGCUCAGCUGGCGUCUAUCGUCGCCGGUGGGAUGAGGUGCUCCGAGCUCUUGAAGUGCCCAAGAACCUCAGACUGACUCCUGGCUCUCUUCGCGGCGGUGGAGCUGUGACAGCUCAUAAGAGAGGAGUGCCUAUUCAGGAGCUGCAAUGGAGGAUGCGUCUCGGACACCAAAACACUUUGGCGCACUACUUGCAGGAGACGACAGCUGCUUCAGUGUUGCCUAGUUUGUCUUCGAGCUCUCGCAAAUCCGUCCUUGCGGCCGACGCCCUCCUUCCUUUUCUUCUUUCUCCUUGA